UAAUAAUCAGUUGUGUAGACUGACGCGUUAAAUUGUACAUAAUGCCGCCGAAAGCAGGGAAAGGCGGUGGCAAAAAGGCACCAGCCAUCAUCAUCGAUGGCGUGGACACAUCUGAGAUGACCCGAGAGAAACUCGAGCAGUUCGCUCUCAAAGUCAAAGAAGAGUUAGACAAAGAAAGAGAAGAACGCAAUUACUUCCAACUAGAAAGAGACAAAAUCAGAACUUUCUGGGAAAUCACAAGGCAACAGUUAGAAGAAGCUAAAGCGGAAUUGAGGAAUAGAGAACGCGCCACUGAAGAGGCUCAAGAAGAGAAUGAAGCGCUCCUCGAAACUGAAAAACAGAAAAUAAAGCAUCUUAAAUAUGAACAGCAAGCCGCUGCAGCCGCUUUGCGUGCUGAAAAUUUAGUAGCACUAAAAGCAGCUAAGGAAGAACAUGCCGAACAAGAGCUAGAAUUGCUUAAUGAUAAGCGGACAUUGCGUGCAGAAAUGAGAGAGAAAGUUUCUGCGGCGUUAGAUGAGUUGAGACGUGCUAAACUUAUACACGCUGAAGAGCUAUCGAAAACAAGAGAUGAGUUUCAAGAAAGAGCAAAACAGAUUGAAGAGAAAGCUGAAAGGAAACUUCAGGAAACUAAAGUGGAAUUAACAGUGAAACACAGAACUGAAAUUGCCGAAGUGGAAGAAAGGAAGAAUAAACAAUUAUCAGAGCUGAUAGCGCAUCAUGAGAGAGCAUUUUCUGAUUUGAAAAAUUAUUACAAUGACAUCACAUUGAAUAAUCUAGGUUUGAUCAGCAGUUUGAAACAGCAAAUGGAGGAUAUGCAGAAAGUGAAGGAGAGAGCUGAGAAGAUUGCGAGAGACGCCGUGGCUGAGACGAAGAGUCUGAGGGAGCCUCUGGAGCUGGCCAUCAUAGACAAUAAGGAGUUGAAGAGGCAGAUGUCCAAUUACGACAGGGAUAAGGCUGCUUUGGCGGCGAAAACUAAACAACUCGCGUCCCUUGAGAAGCAGUUUGAAGUCCUGAAAUGGGAAUACGAAGUUCUGCAAGUGAGGUUUGACAGGAUCAUGGUUGAACGCGACGAGCUGAAGUCCCGGUUCACGAGGGCGGUGCUGGAAGUCCAGCAGCGAGCGGCGCUGAAGACUGCUCUCUUGGAGACCAAGUUGAAGAACAUGGAGGGUAGAGACCUGGGCCCUACAGAGUUGACUGAGCUGCUGAAACUGAAAGACACGCAAGUAGAAGACUUAAGAUACGAAGCGGCAAGGCUAAAGAAGGCCCAUGAUGACCUAUUGGCAACUUACGAAGCAAAACUUGUCAAUCUUGGCGUUCCUCGUGAGGAAUUAGGCUUCAAGCCAUUAAAAGCGGUAGCCGUGGCUGGACUGUCCCCAGUAAUUGGCCUGGGACCAGCUGGCCUUAUAACCAAGGACCAGGUUUAAUAAACAUGGAAUAUAUUUUGGAAAUCAUU